AUGACACUGAAUACAACAUUGUUGUUAUUCUUUGAUGACCAAAUCGUGUCUAAUACGACGGCCAACAUCAGUAGUCCUCCAGCUUUACUCCCAAUCUGGGUAACGAGCGUUGUGCUGCCCGCUUUCUUCGGAGUCGUGUGCGUGUCGGGACUCAUCGGCAACGGUUUGGCUCUCAUUGUAUUUCUCCGAUUUUCCAAUACAAAAAAAGUACCUAAUGUAUACAUUUUGAACCUGGCAUCAGCUGAUCUCUUGUUUAUGUUUGGUAUCCCAUUCCUGACGUACCAGUACGCUGCUCAACAAUGGAUAUUCGGGGAAUUGAUGUGUAAAAUCAUAUUUGCUAUCGACGGAAUGAAUAUGUACACCGGCAUUUUCACGCUUACCGCCAUGAGCGUAGAUCGCUAUUUGGCCAUCGUGCAUGCAGUUUGGUCAAUGCGACACCGUACACUCAACACAGCACGAGCUAUAUGUUUAAUAUUAUGGCUUCUAUCAACAGUCGUGACAAUUCCUCUGUGGAUAUACUCUAAGACAAUCGAAGACAAUGGCAGAGUACUGUGCGACGUGUCCUGGCCGGAUGGCAAUAUAAUGGAAAACCUGUUUAUUCUCUACAGCUUUGUAGUCAGUUUUCUCUUACCACUAAUUAUUAUUUCGGCGUGUUACAUAGGCAUUAUGACGUCUCUUGCCAAGGGCUCAAUGGGACAAAAGAAAAGACGAAAAUCUAAGUUAGGUAGAGUCGGGGUGAUGGUAUUGUUAGCUGUAGCAUUAUUCAUUGUAUGUUGGUUACCUUUUUGGACUGUGCAGCUGGUUAUGCUUACGCUCAAUGAAAAAAGGCCAUCCCGCUCGCUGGCCAUCGCCUACUACACCAGUCUGUGUAUGAGUUACGCCAACAGUAGCCUGAACCCUGUCGUGUACACGUUUUCACGCAAGAACUUUCGUCAGGACCUAACGCGAACACUUUUCAGCUCAAAGCCGAGUUACAAAAUCACCGACAACAAACGAAACGCCACACUUUAUACUCACGAUAAAUGCGAGAGGACAAUUGGAAACUCAAACGACCUUUAA